UUCUGAGAGCGCGCCCGCUCUCCCUCGCUUACAAGCUAAAACAACCGGAAACGGAGAGAGAAAAAAACAUUCGAAAGCUAAGACUGAAAUCGAAGCUUGGAACCCUAAAAAUUGAUGAUCUAACAGUCACAAACUAAUAUUUUGCAUUUCUGAACAUUGGAUAUGUUCUCAAUUGCAGCUAUCAAUGAUACUGACCCGAAAGCUAAAUGGGAGCCACUAGCUCCUACCAAAGAAGCUCAGGAAUUUCAUCUGACUCAAACUUAUCAUGAUGGGCUACUCAAGUUACAAUCUAAAGACUACCAAAAGGCUCGCGAGUUAUUAGAAUCAGUACUUAAAGAUCCUCUUUUAGCUAAUGCACAGGUGGAUAGCAGUGUCAGUGAUAGUCAUCUUUUGCAACUAAGAUUUUUGGCACUGAAGAACCUUGCCACCGUAUUUCUUCAGCUAGGUUCUGCACAUUAUGAGAACGCUCUGCACUGUUAUCUUCAAGCUGUCGAGAUUGAUUCAAAAGAUUCUGUUGUCUGGAACCAGCUGGGAACAUUGUCAUGCUCAAUGAACUUACUGAGUAUUUCCCGUUGGGCAUUUGAGCAAGGCCUCUUGUGUAGCCCCAAUAACUGGAAUUGCAUGGAAAAGCUUUUGGAAGUUCUUAUUGCUAUUGGCGAUGAGGUUGCUUGCUUGUCUGUCACUGAGUUGAUUUUGAGGCACUGGCCAUCACAUUCUCGUGCAUUGCAUGUUAAAAAUACCAUUGAAGAGUCAGAACCAUUGCCAUUUGCUCCCAGAGGCAUAGACAAACUUGAACCGAAACAUGUGCGCCUCAAAUUUCCGGAUAAGAGAAAAGCUAGUAAUGAGAAUCCAGAUGAGGGUGUUGCAUUCAAAAAGCCAAACCAGAACAGAGAACUGCAGCUGACAGAAGCUUCCUGGGUGGCUCUGGCUGAUGCCCUGCUGGAAAUCCUACAAAGUUCUGAUGUAAACCCUGAAAAAUUGUGCAUCUCUCCGGAUGUUAGACUAAGCAUAAGCUUACCUUGUUUUGAAGCUGCUAUGAAUACCGUGGAAGGGGUAAGGCCCUGUGGUGAAAGCAGUGCUUCGCGUGAUGGUAACAUAGAAAGGCCAAGUGCUAAAGGUAAAGAAGCAAAUAUCCAAGAAGAACAACCACAUGAAAGGCGAAGUUCUCGACUAGAAAGGCUGCGUAGUCGUAAACCAGGGAAAGAAGAAUCGGAUUCUUGUGGCAAGGACCGGGCAAAGGUUGUCAUUCAAUACUUAGAGCCAUUCAUUGAUCGUGGAUUGGGUAGUCCAGAUGUUGCUGAUAGUGAUAACUCUGCAUUAUCCUAUUCAGUAAAUUCUGAAAAUAAUAAUGUUUGUGCAUUUCUAUUACAAACUUCAAAAAAUUACGGUGCUUAUCAUAUGGGGCACUUGCUUUUGGAAGAGGUUGCAAGACAAGGCCUCCUAUAUCAAGAUGCUUUUGUCAAAUUUCUUGAGUUAGAAAGGUUGACACGGCAUUGGGGAAUGGAACGAACUGCUGAAUGUAGUCUUUUUCUUGCUGAGUUGUAUCAUGACUUUGGAUUAUGCUCCUCCCCUGGUUCUAAACAAUCAGAAUAUAUGUCAGAGACAUCUUAUCAUCUCUGUAAGAUCAUAGAGUCUGUAGCUCUAGAUUAUCCAUUUCACUUGAAACAUGCCUUGAAUGAAGAUGAAGGUUUGCUUGGUAGUUUUCAAGGGAUGGAUAGAAUAUCAGUUGAUACCUCUAAUGAGAGCAAUUCAGACAGCUCAUUUCUGAUGGAGAAUAGUGCAUUUUGGGUUCGAUUCUUCUGGCUAAGUGGGAGAAUGUCUGUUUUUGAUGGUAACAGGGCAAAAGGUUGUGAAGAAUUUUGUAUUUCUUUGUCACUUUUAGCAAAGCGGGAAACUAUGGAAGAUUCUCUAUGUUCAGUCCGUCGUAUGCAUUGCAAGGCCGUAAAAGAGCUGAACAUUGAUAGAGUUCUUUACGAGAUCAAUAUAUUAAAGGUCAAUUUCUUGAUGGAAAAUUCUGUCAUUGAGAUGAUGGAACAAGAAAAGUAUUUGGAGUGUAUAUCAUUGCUCUCUCCACAUCUAUUCUCCACACAGGAUGUCUACAUUGAUGCAUUUUCUCUUACAGUGCCAGAUAAAAAAGAUGAAAAAAUAACUUCCAUUGAACUAAUGGCUUUAGAUGUUCUAAUAGAAGCAUGUCAGAAGAUAGAGCCAAUGGAUGUAGAAAUGUAUUUCAAUUGCCACUAUAAAAAGCUGAAAAUACUUAUGGCAAUAAUGGGAUUAAAUAAAUGUAUGACAUCAUUUAUAUUUUCUGAUCAAACUACUGACUUAGUGGUAUCUCCUAAUUUUGAGAUUGAUUCAAAUGAAAGUUCAACCAAGCAUUGUAGUCACUUGGUUGCACAGGAAGUGAAGGCACUCUCUGAUUGUAUUUCUCAAGUGAAGAAAGUUAUUGACCAUCGUGGAGAUUCUGAUGGCCUUACAGUUCCAACAAACAGCAUUAUCCAAAUGCAGUCUCUAUUAUUGUUAAUCAUGAGAUAUGUUGCAAACUUACUUGUCUGUAACAAAGCCUCUGAACCAGUACAUUCUGAUGAAGAAGAAAACAACUAUUUUGUUGAUGCAGCCAUUGUUUUCUGCAAACUCCAGCAUCUCAGCCCAGCUACACCUAUCAAAACUCAAGUUGAUUUAAUUGUUGCAACGCAUGACUUGCUUGCUGAGUAUGGACUGUGCUGUGUCGGUGAAGGUGGAAAAGGUGAAGAAGGAAUAUUUCUUAGAUUUGCAAUAAAGCAUCUCUUGUCCUUGGAUAUGAAGCUUAAGUCGAGCUUUAACUAUCUAAAUAAAGAAUCCGUGCAAUGUGAAGAGGUAUCCAGGAAUAGUCUUGUAAAUUCAUCUGCAGAAGAUUCAAAGUCAGAUAUAUUAGAUGUCCAGAUGGAUUGGACAAAAAUAGGAGAACUAAAUUCUGGGAAGGAGGUUUCUGAAGGAAUAAUAUCAGAAAGGAUUGCAUCUUGCCGAGUUCAAGAAAAAGACAGCAAGGAAAUGGUGUGUGAAGAUCAUGGAGGGGCUGGGACUGACAGCAGUUUCAGUAAGGUUGAAAAUCCAAGCAAUCUAUUGAUUGAUGGGAAUGAACUUUCAGAAGAUGAAAUGGAGGAACUUGAGUCAAAUGAUGAUGAUAUAGUGAUGCACAAAAAUACAAGCCGGGGAGAUUAUCAGACCAAAGAACAAUGCGCUGAUGUUUUCAAGUAUGUACUUCCCUAUGCAAAGGCAUCUUCUAGGACUGGAUUGGUCAAACUUCGUAGAGUUUUAAGAGCCAUCAGGAAGCACUUUAUGCUGCCACCAGAGGACCUGUUGUUAGGAAACCUGAUAGAUAAGUUCUUAGAUGAUCCGAAUGUUUGUGAAGAUAAACUCUCAGGUGAUGCUGGAUCUGAUGGAUUUCUUGAAGCUAUAAAAAGGAUUAUGUUUCCUGAUAAGGGAGGACUUGUACAGUACAACACAACAUUAUUGAGGAGGUCUGAGCCAUAUUUGGAGGUCUACUGUAACUUAUAUUAUUUCUUAGCUCUAUCUGAGGAAAUGAGUGCUACAGAUAAAUGGCCUGGAUUUGUUCUCACCAAGGAAGGAGAAGAGUUUGUUGAACAAAAUGCAAAGCUCUUUAAAUAUGAUCUCAUGUACAAUCCUCUACGUUUUGAAAGCUGGCAGCGACUUGGGAAUAUUUACGAUGAGGAAGUAGAUUUGUUGUUAAAUGAUGGCAGCAAGCAUGUAAAUGUUGUGGCAUGGCGGAAGAAUCCUACUUUAUCCAGUAGAGUGGAAACAAGCCGAAGGAGGAGUAGACGGUGCCUGCUAAUGAGUUUAGCUUUGGCUAAGACCUCUGCGCAACAGUGUGAGAUACACGAGUUACUGGCACUGGUAUACUAUGACAGCCUUCAGAAUGUAGUGCCAUUUUAUGAUCAGAGAUCUGUUUUGCCCUUAAAGGAUGCAGCAUGGAAGAUCUUUUGCAAGAAUUCAAUGAGACAUUUCAAGAAAGCAUUCAUGCUGAAGCAAGAUUGGUUGCACGCAUUUUACUUGGGUAAACUCAGCGAAAAGCUUGGAUAUUCACAUGAAACUGCACUAACGUAUUAUAGCAAAGCCAUUGCUUUGAACACAUCAGCUGUUGAUCCUGUGUAUAGGAUGCAUGCCUCACGUUUGAAGCUGCUGAUGAAGUGUGGAAAACAUAAUUUGGAGAUUUUAAAGGUUCUUUCAUCACACUCGUUUGAUCAAUCUGUAAAAGAUGCUGUCAUGAGUAUCCUUUGUGAUGUGGAUAGCUCAUUAUCAAAUGAAAAGGAGAGAAGCAUUAAGGCCAAUUCUCUAGAAAUUAACAAUGAAGGGUUGCUCAAAUUGGAGACUGCAUGGUCUAUGCUUUAUAGUGAUUGCCUUUCGGCCCUCGAAACCUGUGUGGAGGGAGAUCUCAAACAUUUUCAUAAGGCCAGAUACAUAUUAGCUCAGGGGCUUUAUAAAAGGGGUGAGAGCGGUGAUACAGAGAGAGCAAAGGAUCAACUUUCUUUCUGCUUCAAAUCUUCACGCUCAUCCUUUACAAUAAAUAUGUGGGAAAUUGAUAGCACGGUUAAAAAAGGACGGCGCAAGGCACCAGGGUCAGCUGGGAACAAAAAAUCCCUUGAGGUUAACUUGCCAGAAAGUUCGCGAAAAUUCAUUACUUGCAUUCGAAAGUAUGUGCUGUUUUAUCUCAAACUAUUGGAAGAGACUGGAGAUAGAUGUACUCUUGAACGUGCAUAUGUUUUUCUUCGAGGAGAUAAGCGGUUUUCACUAUGCAUUGAAGAUAUUGUACCAGUGGCCAUUGGAAGAUAUUUGAAAGCCCUGGUUUCAGCUAUGGGCCAUUCUCAGACUUUAAGCUCUGGUCCAGUAAGCAGUUCUGACAAUGUGCUCGAAAAAAUGUUUGCUUUGUUCAUGGAGCAAGGGAGCUUAUGGCCAGAAAUAUGCAGCUUGCCUGAAAUUGAGAGCCCAGAUACAUCAGAGAGUAUCAUAUACGGAUAUCUGCAUGAACACAUUGUAUCAUUGGAGAAAAAUGGAAAACUGGAAACCCUUGAAGCAAUAAAUGAGAAGAUUAGGAAACGAUUUAAGAAUCCUAAGUUCUCAAAUAGUAGUUGUGCAAAAGUAUGCAGGCAUUCUUCUGUUGCUUGGUGUCGAACUCUUGUAUAUAAUUUGGCACAAAUUACUCCAAUAUCAUGUGAAUUCCCGAAUAGAAUUCAAGUUCAGAAUUCAACAGAUGGUGGGAUGGAUAAUGGCCAACUGCUCUGUAUUGACUUGCAACCGCACGAAUUAUGGAGUACAACUUUUGAAGAUCCAACUCAUUUGGAAAAAAUUGAAACAAAAUGGAUCGCGAUUUUAUCAAAAAUAAAGAAUAUAGUGAUCAACAAAGUUUCCGAUGAAAAUUUGGAAACUGCAAACACUUUGCUCCGGGCUUGCUACAAUUUUUACCGGGAGAGUUCUUCUGUGGUGCUUUCCUCUGGGCUCAACUCUUAUUUGAUCCCAUACCAAUUAGCAGCAGAGACCCCAUUCAACCCUAAUAUGAGUGGGAUUGAAGCACUUGAUCUGAGCAUCCCUAGGAAGCUUCUUUUGUGGGCAUAUGCUCUACUGCACGGACGAUAUGCAAAUAUCUCCUUUGUUGUAAAGCAUUGUGAAGAAUUCACGAAGUCAAAGAUGAAAAGAGGAAGUGGAACUUCACCCGGAAUUUCAAACUCACCUGCUGCCUCUACUCUUCCAGGUAGCAGCAGAAGUGUACAAAAUUCUGCAGGAUGUAGUGAUGUUGAUUUUACCCAAGUCACAGCAGUCGGGUCUGGUUCUUUGUCUGGCAGCAAUACAACGAACUUCGUGAGUUCCGAUGAGAUUCAAAAGAAUCUCUUUGCUUUUCCAUCCCACCUGCAUCAAAAUACCACUAAUGAUGCAGAAAGAAUCAAUUUGACAGCUCGAGAAGGAGAUGCAGAUGGAAAUUGAUUUUGUACAAAAAUACGAGGCACAUCUCAUAAUAGCCGCCUGACUUGUGCGCUCUGCCAAUAGGGCUUGAAGAUGUAGAUAGUAGUUGUAAAUCUUGGUGUGUUAUAUAAAAGAUUCGGCAAAAUGUAAAUAGGAUUCUAGUUGAGAUGUUAAAACUGCGCAAAAUGCAACGAAUAGCUCUGAUUUCUCC